AUGGAGCGGCCGGCGCGGCUCUGCGGGCUGUGGGCGCUGCUGCUCUGCGCCGGCGGCGGCGGCGGCGGGGGCGCCGCGCCCACCGAAACUCAGCCGCCUGUGACAAAUUUGAGCGUUUCUGUUGAAAACCUCUGCACGGUCAUCUGGACAUGGGACCCUCCUGAGGGAGCCAGCCCGAAUUGCACCUUACGGUAUUUUAGUCAUUUUGACAACAAACAGGAUAAGAAAAUUGCUCCUGAAACCCAUCGUUCAAAAGAAGUACCCCUGAACGAGAGGAUUUGUCUGCAAGUGGGAUCCCAGUGUAGCACCAAUGAAAGUGACAAUCCUAGCAUUUUGGUGGAAAAAUGCACCCCGCCCCCUGAAGGUGAUCCUGAGUCUGCUGUGACUGAGCUGCAGUGCGUUUGGCACAACCUGAGCUACAUGAAGUGUACUUGGCUCCCUGGAAGGAACACAAGUCCCGACACCAACUAUACUCUCUACUACUGGCACAGCAGCCUGGGAAAAAUUCUUCAGUGUGAAAACAUCUAUAGAGAAGGUCAACACAUUGGUUGUUCCUUUGCUUUGACUAAUUUGAAGGAUUCCAGUUUUGAACAACACAGCGUGCAAAUAGUGGUCAAGGAUAAUGCGGGGAAAAUUAGACCAUCCUUCAAUAUAGUGCCUUUAACUUCUCAUGUGAAACCUGAUCCCCCACAUAUUAAACGGCUCUUCUUCCAAAAUGGUAACUUGUACGUGCAAUGGAAGAAUCCACAGAAUUUUUAUAGCAGAUGCUUAUCUUAUCAAGUAGAAGUCAACAACAGCCAAACAGAGACGCAUGAUAUUUUCUACGUUGAAGAAGCCAAGUGUCAGAAUUCAGAAUUUGAGGGAAACCUGGAGGGUACAAUUUGCUUCAUGGUCCCCGGCAUCCUCCCUGACACUCUGAACACAGUGAGAAUCCGGGUGAGGACGAAUAAGCUGUGCUACGAGGACGACAGGCUGUGGAGCAACUGGAGCCAGGCGAUGAGCAUAGGUGAGAACACCGACCCCACGUUCUAUAUAACCAUGCUGCUCGCCACCCCGGUCAUCGUUGCGGGUGCCAUCAUAGUCCUCCUGCUUUAUCUCAAAAGGCUCAAGAUCAUUAUAUUCCCUCCAAUUCCUGAUCCUGGCAAGAUUUUUAAAGAAAUGUUUGGAGACCAGAAUGAUGACAGCCUGCACUGGAAGAAGUACGACAUCUAUGAGAAGCAAACCAAAGAAGAAACUGACUCUGUUGUGCUGAUAGAAAACCUGAAGAGAGCCUCUCAGUGAAGGGGCUAAUUUAUUUUACCCUUCGACGUGACGAUUCAUCCCACUCUCCAUUUGUUAUCUGGGAACGUGUUAAAAGGAAAGCGAAACUACUGGGCCAUUUAAAAACAGGCAGCUCGUAAGAGCCACGGUCUUCAUGUCAAGUCGUGCACUGAGAAACUAAACACAAGGGGCUCUUUGGCGAAGAGAGCGGAGUCAUUGUCGUUGAAUUAGAAAAGCAGACGUCCCUCGCGAAGGCUUCAAAGUAGGGGGCAAAGCAAACAGCGGUGAUGGCGGUAGAGUUCAUCUUAUCCAGGGUUGUGACGACUUCUGAGGGUUCUGUGCCUGCUUUGUACGCUUUGUGUCCAACCACACCGAUGCAUUUUAUGUGGGGGCGGGGGGAGGAAACUCAUUCUGGAUGCAGGCGCUAAUGCCAGACUUGAGUCACGGCGAGCAUCUACCAAACGAACUUGAUGGAGUCUAUCACAAACGAAAUUGAUGAAACCUAUUAUCCGUUGUUCGGGAUCUCACGGCGUGUUCGUGGCUCUGUAAACCUUUAGCAGUCCGGACUCGUCAGCCCCCUGAGCAGCAGCUUGCCCCGCUUUGGAAGGCCCGGGCGUCAAUGUUGGCCAUGAGCGUGGCCACUACAGCAAGAGCCUUUCAGAGCCGUGGCAGGCUUUUAAGGGCAGUGGAGGUCGAAUGCCUUAUUGGGCGUUGGGAUCUGCCCCAUGCCAUCUCUCAUGGUGUCUUGUUUCUUCUUCACCUCUGCUACUCCAGUCAAAUACUCCGCCUGUGUCCAGAUUGUGCUAGGCCCCCAGGUGGGAGGCACCACUCAAAGGGUUGACGGUCCAGUUGAGACGCCUCUCUUCUGACCCCUCUAUCUCCACCAGUCAUUUUCCAGAGCUUUCUGCUCCCCGGUUCCUGUACCCGUUUCCCCUGCCCCAUCGGCCCCCCCCGCCCCCGUUCCCGCCGUUGUGUCCUUCUGUCCCCUUUCGCUAGAAAUUAGAAUAUAAAGCUGCUCAGCACACCUAGAAGAGCAGGGAGGACUCUGCACCUCAGGUAAAGUGUGAGGCGACUAAGAAGCAAUGACUGAUUCUUGCAUGUUUUGUAUGUAACUUCUUGCAUGAGUCUGCGUUCGUUUGAAGGUUUUCAGCGCUUACUAUUUCUCUAUGCAUUUUUCUAAGCAGAAAGGAGGUAUUCUCCUCACUUAGAACUUCGCUGUUCGUAGGGGCGCCUGGGUGGCCGGGUCGGUCGAGCGUCCGCCUUCGGCUCAGGUCGUGAUCUCACAGCUGGUGAGUUC